CCUUUUUCCUUUUUCCUUUUUGUUGUUUCUCUCCUUGGUCACAUCCUUUCCUCUUUGUUUCUCUCCUUCCCUUUGUUUGUUCUCUCUCUGUCUAUUUCUCUUUCCCGAGCCAUGAUUGACUCAAUUUUGAGUUAACCCUGAGUUAAAGCUUUUUACUUCUUUUCUUUUCUUUUCUUUUCUCUUCUCUUCAUUUCAUUUCUUUCUUUUUCUCAGACCCCCAAAGAAAUCAUUGAUCCAAGAAUUUGGGUAGAAAGAAGGGAGGAUAAGUAUAUGCUGGAACAAUUUGAUAUUGAAGAUUAAUCACUCACAAGUAAGCCUGCAAAACUGAAAUCGAAAAAAAGCCGUUGAGGGCGGGGGUGAGGGUGAAAGAGAAAGGGAAAGAGACAGAGUUAGAACGAUUAGGGGGAAAGAGAAAACAAAAUGGAGACUUCAAGCAAGUCGAUUUCCAUUGAUAUGGAGACCUCUUCUCCUCGCGGGAAGAUAUUCAAGGCCGCGAAUUUCUUGGCUUAUAAAUGAUUGGAAUCUGAAGAACAAAAGAAAAGGAAACGCAAUGGUUGAGUUUAGGAGUAUGUCAUCGACACAGUUUGUGGCUCCGUAUGUGUUUCUGUGUACGGAGAUCAGGAUAAGCCAGCUCUAAUUACAUACCCAGAUUUGGGUCUAAAUUAUAUUUCUUGUUUCCAGGGGCUACUUUUUUGUCCAGAAGCAUGUUCCUUGAUCCUGCAUAAUUUUUGCAUUUAUCACAUCUGCCCUCCUGGCCAUGAGGUUCGUGGCUUGAACAUAAUAAUUGCAGUUGGGCGCUGCUACCAUUAGUGUUGUUGAUCCUAUACUUUCUGUUGAUGACUUAGCAGAUCAAAUACUGGAGGUUCUUAACUAUUUUGGGCUUGGAGCUGUGAUGUGUAUGGGGGUUACAGCAGGAGCGUACAUUCUAACCCUUUUUGCUAUGAAAUACAAGCAACGCGUCCUUGGCCUAAUACUUAUUUCUCCUCUAUGCAAAGCCCCUUCAUGGACAGAAUGGUUGUACAACAAGGUGCUCUCCAACUUGCUUUACUAUUAUGGUAUGUGUGGAGUGGUGAAGGAGUUGUUGCUCAAAAGAUACUAUAGCAAGGAGGCUCGAGGGAAUGCUCAAGUCCCAGAGUCGGAUAUAGUUGAAGCUUGUAGAAGAUUACUGGACGAAAGGCAAAGUUUAAACAUUUGGCAGUUUCUUGAAGCAACAAAUGAGAGACCAGAUCUUAGUGAGUGCUUAAGUAAACUACACUGUCGUUGCCUAAUAUUUGUGGGAGAGUACUCUCCCUUUCAUGGAGAGGCUCUGUGUAUGACAUCGAAGCUCGAAAGGCAUCAAAGUGCGUUGGUUGAGGUUCAGGCAUGUGGGUCAAUGGUGACAGAAGAGCAGCCGCAUGCCAUGUUGAUACCAAUGGAGUACUUCUUUAUGGGGUAUGGUAUUUACAAACCAGUGAAGCUUAGUGUAAGCCCAAGAAGCACAUUGAGUCCCCUUUGCAUCUCCCCAGAACUUCUUUCCCCAGAGAGCAUGGGGUUGAAGUUGAAGCCCAUCAAAACUCGUAUACCUAUGAAAGUCUAAUGGUUACGGAAACUAGUCAUCAAAGGCCUUCUUUUGCCUUAAUGUAUUCUAUUGUUUAUAUUGGAGCUGCUUCUAUCAUCGAUGGUUAGAGUUGAUGGUUGACCAAAUCAAUGUCAGAGUAUGUUAAUCGCUGACUGUCGAUACCAUUGGGGCAACGUUUGCAGCACUUAGGAGCACAUCAGCGACAUGUCACUAUUUGGAGAAUUAAACACUUGACCUAGUCCAAAAAAGUGCAACCAAUGACUCGACCCGUAAAGGAUCCUCAACUCGGACUAGGCUAGCUGUUUACACGAUUCACUUGUUAUGCUCACAAAAGACCUUAUAAGCUCACGGAUUAAGGUAUGGGAGGUCCACAUAAGUUGUCUCUUGGCUAGAACUGUCUUAGGGACCGCACGACCCUAGCAACUCAUGACGUGUCAUAAGUUGCUUAGUCAUUUUUACUAGGAACACGACGAGAGGGUAUAACCCGAAUCAAACAGGGUAUAAGAGUGAAUAGUAAAUUUCCCAGUCACAACAGUUACCUUGCAGAUGAA